AUGACAGCACAGCCGCCACUGGCACUGAGCAUUCAGCAGGAAGUCCAGCUGCGAUUUCUAGGCCCUUCAGAUGUUGCAGAGGUGAAAAAGCUGUGCAGGGAGUGGUUUCCUAUUGAGUACCCCGAUUCGUGGUACGAGGAGAUCACAUCCAACCCAUUGUUCUACUCCCUGGCCGCGACACAUCAUUCGAGAAUCAUCGGGCUGAUUGUGGCAGAGCUGAAACCUCAGAUGAAACUGAACAAAGAGGAUGGAGAUUUAUUGGCCAGCUACUACCCACCGGCAGCUCAGGUUGCUUAUAUACUAAGUCUUGGUGUUGUUAUGGACUUCCGUAGAAAUGGAAUUGCCUCACUACUCCUGGACAGCCUCUUGUCCUACCUCACCUCCAAGGAGCGAUUUGAUUGCAAAGCGGUCUACCUCCAUGUGCUGUCAACAAACACUGUUGCUCUCAGAUUUUACGAGCGGCGCCGGUUUCGUCGGCAUCUUUUCCUGCCCUACUAUUAUGCUAUUCAGGGCAAAGCCAGGGACGGCUACUCCUACGUAUUAUACAUAAAUGGUGGCCAGCCCCCUUGGUCUAUAUUAUAUCCUUUUUGCAUAUGGUUCAUGCAUUUCCUGUAUAUUGAUGUACUUGUUUUCCUGAACUGUUUCACUGAUUACCUUACUCACUGCAGUGCAAUUGUGACCAAACUACAACCUUGUGCUCUUCCACGGCAAGUGUAUGGUGCUGUCAGAAACAUAGUGCAGCGUCUGCUGUCCAGAUCGGCAUCAGAAGUCUCUCACAGCAGUUGA